AUGAUGAUGAUGAUGAUGAUGAUGAUGAUGAUGAUGAUGAUGAUGAUGAUGAUGAUGAUGAUGAUGAUGAUGAUGAUGAUGAUGAUGAUGAUGAUGAUGAUGAUGAUGAUGAUGAUGAUGAUGAUGAUGAUGAUGAUGAUGAUGAUGAUGAUGAUGAUGAUGAUGAUGAUGAUGAUGAUGAUGAUGAUGAUGAUGAUGAUGAUGAUGAUGAUGAUGAUGAUGAUGAUGAUGAUGAUGAUGAUGAUGAUGAUGAUGAUGAUGAUGAUGAUGAUGAUGAUGAUGAUGAUGAUGAUGAUGAUGAUGAUGAUGAUGAUGAUGAUGAUGAUGAUGAUGAUGAUGAUGAUGAUGAUGAUGAUGAUGAUGAUGAUGAUGAUGAUGAUGAUGAUGAUGAUGAUGAUGAUGAUGAUGAUGAUGAUGAUGAUGAUGAUGAUGAUGAUGAUGAUGAUGAUGAUGAUGAUGAUGAUGAUGAUGAUGAUGAUGAUGAUGAUGAUGAUGAUGAUGAUGAUGAUGAUGAUGAUGAUGAUGAUGAUGAUGAUGAUGAUGAUGAUGAUGAUGAUGAUGAUGAUGAUGAUGAUGAUGAUGAUGAUGAUGAUGAUGAUGAUGAUGAUGAUGAUGAUGAUGAUGAAUGAUGAUGAUGAUGAUGAUGAUGAUGAUGUGAUGAUGAUGAGAUGA